AUGACCGUCGUUUUCGCCCGCGGAACCACAGAGGCAGGCAAUGCCGGAACCGUCGUGGGGCCACCGUUCCUCCAAGCUAUCCGGAAGCUGGCCCCAGGCCUCAGUGUUAAUAUGCAGGGCGUCCCUUACCCUGCCAAUUUUGCAGGCAUCAUGGCCGGCGGUGACAGGCAAGGCACCGCAAAAAUGGCAAACAUCAUCAAAACCCUGGCGACCGACUGCCCCAACACCGGGAUCGUCAUCUCGGGCUACUCCCAAGGUGCGAUGCUCAUGCACAACGCGGCGGCGCAGCUCGACCCAGAAACGGCCUCGCACGUCGUGGCGGCCGUCUCGUUCGGCGACCCGUUCAGACGCAGGCCCGUCAACGGCGUGGAUCAGUCGAGGACGUUGGUGGUGUGCCACGCGGGCGACAACGUCUGCCAGGGCGGCGGCAUGAUCCUCCCGGCGCAUCUCACAUAUGGGCAGGACGUUGGAAAGGCGGCCGCCUUUGUCAUGGAGGCAGCCGCAGCUGUCGUCGCGAGCAUGGGAGCUGCGCCGGCCACUGAAGCUGCGCCGGGCACUGAAGCUGUCCCGGGCGCUGGAGCUGUCCUGGGCGCUGGAGCUGUCCCGGGUACUGGAGGUGCGCCGGGCACUGAAGCUGCGCCGGGUACUGGAGCUUCCCCGGGCACUGAAGCUGCGCCGGGUACUGGAGCUGCCCCGGGCACUGAAGCUGCGCCGGGUACUGGAGCUGCCCCGGGCACUGAAGCUGCGCCGGGUACUGGAGCUGCGCCGGGCACUGAAGCUCUCCCGAGCACCGGAGCUUCGCCGGGAGCUCAAGUUGGGCCAGGACCCUGA